AUGUUAACUGAUACCAACCACACCAUCAACCCUCCAACAUCAACUUUCACUUCUCGACCGUCUGGUGGUGGUCCCGAUUCCCCGCUGCCCUCCUCUCCCAACCACGACCACAACAAGAAGGGUGGCGGCCACAAGAAGCCGCCCUACCUCGUCCAGACCCGCGUGCUCGGCGGCCGUCAGCAGAACUAUGCCUUCGCCUCAAGUGUUGACCCCAAGCUGGUCAAAUUCAACCGCACGCGCGAGGUGAUCGCCGUGGCCAGCGGGCACUGCCACCUCUGGUUCCAGUACGCCCCGCCGUGCAACGUGCGCCUGGCCAUCUACGACGCCGCCACUCUCCGCCCGCUCCGGCUGUUCGACCUCCUGGCCGGCCCGCUGGUCGAGCACCUGGCCUGGCACCCGACAAAGCCCAUCGUCGCCCUCGCCACCUCCAUGCGCCCCUUGGUGAUGAGCUUUAGUAUCUCGACCGCCGAGGCCGAGUGCCCUCCCGAGAAAUUGAGCGUAAGGGGCCUGGACUACUUUGGACAGCAGUACAUGGGCGGCCAGCUGUUUCUGCUCAAUUGGAAGACGGGCCAGCGCGCCGCUCUGCUGAAGGAGGGCAGGCCCGUGACCUACUGCCACUUCACGGACGACGGCCGCCUCGUGUUCCGGGUCGCCGGGCGCGGUGACCUCGGCGAGCAGGACGCCUGCUACGUCGUCGGCAAGGACGUCUACGGCACGUGGCGCAACGGCUGCGUGCGAUUGGACCGCCUGCGCGCCGUGGACGAGCUUGAGGGUCGGCACAAGACUGGCAACCACAACCACAACCACCACAGCCACGCCGACGGCGACGAUGGUGACCACCCGACGUUUAGCCGGAAGCGGGCCAAGGAGGAGAGCGACGAGAUGAUGGUCACCUACUGCUUCGUCGAGGAAGACAUCGUGGCCAGCCCCGCACCGCCGCCCGCGGCCCGUCGUAGUAGUAGUGGCAGCAGUAGCGACCAGGCGGCCGGGGCUGCACCAACGAAUAAGCCGGCGUGCAAGCCGACCCUGUUCCAGGGCGAGGUCGCGAAGGAGACCAAGUGGGAGCGCAAGCUGCGGCGGAUCGCCGAAGCUCAGGGCAAGCACUACGAGACCAGCAAGACAGUGUGGGGUGUCGACUUCCACGACGACGACACCCUGGCCGUCACCAAGUGGGACAAGUCGCUGGAGGUGUGGUCGCGACGGCCGGAGAAGAACAAGGACUGGAGCAAGAAGAUGAACAUCUACAGCCACUACGACAGCGGGCUCCAGAUCCAGUCACUCAAGGACACCACCGGCGAGGACGCAGUGAUCGUCACCGAGGGCCUUGACCACACCCGCUGGCGCAUCGUCAAGAUUUUGAUUCCGAGCGGCCGAACGGCGUGGGCGCGACACUUUGACUUGGGCGUGAACUACACCGCGCGGAUGAAUCGCACCGGGCACACGCUGGUCGAAUGCAGCGAGCUUCCUCCGGAGAACGCCCGACUCAUCGCCCCCGACGGCAAGAUGACCACCACCUCGAUCAUGAGUCCGCUGUUGCACGGCGUGACCCUCUACAAUUUCUGCCAGAAGCAAACUGACGAAUUCUUUUACUGUUCCAAGGAAGAGGGCCAGCCCAUCAUGCUGUGCCAGUUCAACCCCGUCAAGAACACCUACACCAAGCUGUUCCCGCUCUCGGCGUUCGGUCCCAACGUGGAGCGACUGCGCAACGGCGUCUACGUGCGAGAUGCUCUGGGAGAGGGGCUGAUCGUGGACGUUACGACACGAUUCAAGACUAUCAACAUUGUGCGAAUUGAUCUCAACACGCACAAGAAGGUCUGGGAAGUCCCGGUGAAGUACGACGUGUGCGAGAUAGCGCUGUUGGAGGAGGCCGGCGCGGUGGCCUUCGCCCAGCCGGAGGGCUACCUGGGCCUCCUCUCGUGCGCCGACGGGAAGAAGCUCCACUGGGAGCAGGUCCGGGUCAGUGACGUCGUCACGCCCAUCACGAGCCUCUCCGCCAAGGGCGCCCAGAUCGCGCUGGGCACCACCGACGGCCGAGUCGUCCUGUACCAAGUGGAAGUGUCGCUGAUGCUGGUCUUCUUCUCCCUCCUCUUCCUCUUCUUCCUCCUCAUGUUCUUCAUUGUCCUGGCGGCGGUGGCCCCACUCUCGCUCGGCUCGAUGACGAUCUACUAG